UGCACCAAAAAUAGAAAAAGAAAAGAGUUUUGUUCUUACCAUGGCUGCAUCAAUUUUUGUGCCUUCAUCCAUAAUGGAAGAAGAAGCGAAAUUCGAAUCCGAAGUGGCGGAGGUGCAAGCAUGGUGGAACACAGAGAGGUUCAAGCUAACCCAAAGACCAUACACAGCCAAAGAUGUAGUAUCCCUAAGAGGCAACCUAAGACAAACAUAUGCCUCAAAUGAUUUAGCGAAAAAACUAUGGAAAAUUCUGAAAACUCACCAAAGCAACGGAACAGCAUCAAGAACAUUUGGUGCACUUGAUCCAGUUCAAGUAACUCAAAUGGCAAAACACUUGGACACAAUCUAUGUCUCAGGUUGGCAGUGUUCAUCCACACACACAACAACCAAUGAACCUGGUCCUGAUCUUGCUGAUUAUCCUUAUGACACAGUUCCAAACAAAGUUGAACAUCUUUUCUUUGCUCAACAGUAUCAUGACAGAAAACAAAAAGAAGAGAGAAUGAGUAUGAAAAGGGAAGACAGAGUUAAAACACCUUAUGUUGAUUAUUUGAGACCAAUUAUAGCUGAUGGUGACACUGGUUUUGGUGGAACAACAGCUACUGUUAAGCUUUGUAAGCUUUUUGUUGAAAGAGGUGCUGCUGGUAUUCACAUUGAAGAUCAAUCUUCUGUUACAAAGAAAUGUGGUCACAUGGCUGGAAAAGUUCUUGUUUCAAUAAGUGAACAUAUUAAUAGGCUUAUAGCUGCAAGGCUUCAAUUUGAUGUAAUGGCUGUUGAAACUCUUUUGAUUGCUCGAACCGACGCCGACGCCGCUACUUUGAUUCAAUCUAAUAUUGAUACUAGAGAUCAUCAGUUUAUUUUAGGUGUCACUAAUUCUAAUUUUAAGGGUAAGAGUUUAUCCAAUCUUAUGGCGCAAGGGUUUCGCGCUGGUAAAACUGGUGCUCAGCUUCAGGCAUUGGAGGAUAAUUGGAUUUUGAAUGCCAAAUUGAAGACAUUCUCGGAGGCUGUUUGUGAUUGUAUUGAGAAUUUGAUGAUUGGUGAGGAUGAGAAAAUGAGGAAAUUGAAUGAGUGGAUGCGGUUUUCAAGUUACGAGAAUUGUCUUUCAUAUGAGGAAGGUAGAGAGAUUGCUGAGAGGUUAGGUGUGAGGAAUUUGUUUUGGGAUUGGGAUUUGGCUAGAACUAGAGAAGGGUUUUAUAGGUUUAAAGGUUCGGUUGAUGCAGCUAUUGUUCGUGGUUGUGCUUUUGCUCCACAUGCUGAUGUUAUAUGGAUGGAAACUGCAAGUCCUAAUGUGGUUGAGUGCACGAGGUUUGCUGAAGGGGUUAGAUUGAAGUGUCCAGAGAUGAUGUUUGGGUACAAUCUUUCACCAUCUUUUAAUUGGGAUGCUUCUGGAAUGAGUGAUGUUGAAAUGCGAGAUUUUAUUCCUAAGAUUGCUAAGUUGGGGUAUGUUUGGCAGUUCAUAACGGUUGGUGGUUUGCAUUCUAAUGCGCUUAUCACUUCAAAGUUUGCAAGGGAUUUUGCUCGUAGAGGAAUGUUGGCUUAUGUUGAAAUGAUUCAGAGAGAGGAGAGGAAUAAUGGAGUUGAUACACUUGCUCAUCAGAAAUGGGCUGGUGCUAAUUACUAUGAUAGGUACCUUAAAACUGUUCAGGGAGGUGUUGCUUCUACUGCCGCAAUGGGAAAAGGAGUAACUGAAGAGCAAUUUAAGGAAACAUGGACUAGGCCAGGAGCAGUGGGAAUUGAUGGAGGCAAUGGGAGCAUGGUGGUUGCUAAGGCAAGAAUGUGAAAGAGCUACUUAUGCUGAACUGUGCUAUUCAAUAAGCAAUUUGGGGAAGAUUCAGUAAUUCAUCAAUUUGUGUAUUGUAUUGGAAUGGAAUAAAUGUACAUGAUGAUUAAAUAGGCCAUUAAAUCAUUGUGGUAUAUUUUGGCUGCAUAAUUUCUAUUAUUUCUUAGCUUCUUCAAACUCUCAAAGGCUUAUGGGUAUAGGGAGAAAAGAAAGCUAGUUUGUGUAUUUUAAUUUGUAAUUUGUGUUACCCUUGUUGUUAAACAUGUUUUACUUCUGCACUUCUUUCUAUUUUUGCUAUUACUUUUUAUACCUCUUAAAUAAAAUAAAUGUACCAGAAUCA